CCUCCUCGCCGUGCUCACGCUCGCGUUCCUGUGCAGGGCUGCUGAUCCCGUCGGGCGCGCGGGAGGGUGCGGGAUGAUCGAUGGGGGAGAGGUCGACCACCGAUCCGCAGCGCUUUGGGCUAAUAACAGAUGGGGCAAGUAAACUCAGAGCUUUUGUCGAAGAGUGAAAGAAGUGUUUUACCUUUUCUUUUGUUUGGAGGAAGAGAUCUUUUACUUGAAUGACAUGUCGAAUAUAGGUUCAUCGACUGGUUGGACAGAUGAGAAGCACAUGCUCUACAUUACCUCAUUGGAGGAAUCGUUUGUUAAUCAAUUGUACAGUAGUAAUGGGGAAAUCAAUUCUUUAGAGUCGUUCCAUCGGACUUCAGGUGUAUGGCAAAACACUUGUUAUAGUGGAGAUGGUAGAAACACAAAAUAUGAUCAGGGCCAAGGAUAUUGGGGAAUGAUCGGGGUUGACGAAGCUGAAUCGAGAUUAUCAGAGGUUGGGUAUAUUGGUUCACCUUGUUCUAGGGGUUCAUCCUAUCAUAUGGAUGAUGCAUCAACUAAUGGUCCAAAACAAGAUAGAACUAGUUACCACGCAAGACAAAGAACUUCUAGAGGGUCUGCUGCUUUCCGUUCGCGGCAGCAUGGCCCUUCCUUUUAUUGGAAAACAGAGUCAUCAGACCAGAACUUUGAUGGGGAGGCUGAAGGUAGCAGGAAACAAGGCCGAGGGAGCAAAAACCAGCAAAAACUUGCUAGUACAGCUGAGGUCGGCCCAUCUGGAGGUAUAGGUUUACAUUAGCAGGUCUUUCAUGGUUCAGGACCCCUUCAUCGUCGUGGGAAGCUUGGGAUCAGAGCGAUGGUCCAUGUAAACUAGCUGCAAGUUUGUAAGAAAAAAGUAGCGAUGAAGUUUGUUGUACAGAUAUAAGUCUGCUCAUCUCUAGGUAGUGAGAUGAUAAGGUAGUCUCGUGUAUUACAUCUGGUACAGAGAAAGCUGUAGUUUUUAACUGCUUCCUGCAAGACCAUCCAGUAUUGCCAGGAAGCCAGGAAGGUUCGAGUCCAGAGAUUUUAACUGGAGCAGCUGGGUGCUGUCCAUUAACUGCUGUUGUGCUCCGUUGUGUAAAGAUGUUCGGCAAAGUUCAUUUGGCCUCCUGAUGACACGAGUUUUCUUUUUUAUGUAGUGAUAGUGAGCAGGUUGCCAAAUUCUCUC